AUGACGAUUAGUCGCCAUACCAAUGGGUGGAGGGCAGCGCGCCCACGAAGUGAGAACAGCUCGUCGCUUCUCGUGGUUGCACUGAGCGCCCAGACCGGCCAACGGGGCUACUACGGCGCUUACUUCAAGGGCUACCAAGGCACACUGCUCGCUCAGAGGGGUGCUAAAGUCUGUGCCAAGUCCUACGUUGAAGGAGCUGUCGAUUUCUUCUUUGGCCAGCAUAUUCAGGCUGAUUUCCUGACUGCGACGUCGGUGUCUCGGCCGGCAGUGGAUACGUCAUCCAAAAGCUUCCAGGCCACUUCGGAUGCCGGCGCCUCGGGACAGAGGGCUUCCUUCUCCAAGAAGCUCAGCUCUGUAGUCGAUGUGACCACAGUCUUUGGCUCGUCGUGCCAGAGUUGGUCGGACAAGUUCUACCUCUAA